CAAAUCACUUAGGCAUGUUAUUUCAACAUCAACCAUUGAAGCUUCCUGUAAAUGUAAUAGGAAGGUCAUGGCGAAACCACAUUGCAGAUACUCGAGCAGAAUAUACUAUAUGUAUCGCUCUAUACUGCUACCAUCAGACAUCAGUCUUUUAACUUUACCUAAAUGUCUAACAACGACGAUUUUAAGCAGCUGGACUCGCCGGAAAGCACCGAUCAGUCCAAUUUCGAGUUCCCUGACGAGUGGACUUUCGACGGUUGGCUGGAGGAUUUUCCUGAAGCCAUCAUCUCAGGGCCAAUUCAGUUUCCUUUUAAUGACUCUGCUGGCACUAGCAGCCUCCUUCGAGUACCUGGCAAUGAAGUUCAUGAAACUGUGAGCGAGAGGAAGGAAGUCAAAGAAAGAUAUGCAUUCAAGACCAAGUCCGAGGUUGAGAUACUGGAUGAUGGAUACCGGUGGAGGAAAUACGGGAAGAAAAUGGUGAAGAACAGCCCGAAUCCGAGGAACUACUAUAGAUGCUCUGUCGAAGGAUGCCCCGUGAAGAAAAGGGUCGAAAGAGAUAAAGACGAUCCGAGUUACGUAAUCACAACUUACGACGGGAUUCAUAAUCACCGAAGUGCUUCUUGAAUCAGUCGACAAGUCACCGUUACAAUCUCAGAGCCAUCUCCUGCAGAAGGUCAACAUCAAUCUGCAACUAUCGCAUCGUCUGCAUAGACUAUUGAAAAGUCUUCGUGCAUUUCUAUCCUUGUAAAUAUCUGUAAGAAAAUCUAAGGACCAGACUACAAGAACCCUGAGUUCCAAUUAUAACUUGAUCCUAUUUAGUGUUAGCGACACUAAGUUGAGAGAAUCGUCUCGGAUCUGUUCUUUGAACACUUGAUGUAAUAUCUAUUAAUAAUCCGAAAUCGUCAAUAAAUUUAUAGACUUCUUGGUGAGCCAAGUGAUUGCAGCAUUAAGAAACCA